CGCCGCCGGGAGGCUUCCCCCACCCCGGCCCGCGGGGCCCCCCGUCCGGACGCGGCCGCCCCGCGGGAGGCCGGCGGGAUGGCGAUGCUGGCGGAGCCCCGUCGGAAACAGAAGUGGUCCGUGGACCCAAGGAACAGCGCCUGGAGUAACGACGAGUCCAAGUUUGGGCAGAAGAUGCUGGAGAAGAUGGGCUGGUCCAAGGGAAAGGGUCUCGGCGCCCAGGAGCAAGGUGCCACGGAGCACAUCAAGGUCAAGGUGAAAAACGACCAGCUGGGGCUUGGGGCGACGGCCAACCACGAGGACAACUGGCUGGCCCACCACGACGAGUUCAAUCAGCUCCUGGCCCAGCUGAACAGCUGCCACCGGAAAACGGAAGCAGGUUCCUCCGACGCCAAAGAGAAGCCAACGUUCAGCCUGGAAGAGAAGUCAAAAUCGUCCAAGAAGAGGCUUCACUACAUGAAGUUCACGAAAGGGAAGGAUCUGUCCUCUCGGAGCGAGACGGAUCUGAACUGCAUUUUCGGGAAGAGACGGGAGAGCGAGGAGGUUGCCAAGGAGGGGCCUGAGCCCGACUCCGUGGAAGUGGAGGAGUCCAGCACAGUGACCAGCACCCUCACCGUGCAGGAGUAUUUUGCCAAGCGGAUGGCGGCGCUCCAGCAAUCCCGGAAGCAGAACCAGGAUGCCCUCUUAGGCGCCGGCUCCACCCAGCCCACAGGGCUGCAGGACAAGAGGAGGAAGAGCGGGGGCCUGGAGGAGGAGGACGAGGACGGGGUCACAGGGAUGACGGAGGGGAGACGGAGGAAGAGGAAGAACACGGAGCCCCGGAGCCCCGGAGAAGCGGGCAGCCGGGCCGAAGCCCCCGAGGACGUUCGGGUCGGGGUCUGCGCGGCCGGCGACGGGGACCCCGAGGCCACGGGAUCCUCCGUCAAACGGAAGAAGCGGAAGAAGAAAAAGAGAAAGCAGGAGGUGAAAGAGGAGACGGGGGAGGAGGCCACAGAGCGCGCCCGAGAGAGAACCCCACCGAAGAAGAAGAGGAAGAAGAAGAAGAAGAAAAAGAAAAGCGGGGAGGAGGAAGAGGAGGACUAGGGAUAGACCUGGCCCCGGGAGUCAGCGUCGGCGCCCGGGCCCCCGCCCGUCCCCCUCCGUGCCACAGCCUUGGGUUGGGGAGACGCGGGCCGCAGACUUCGGCGAGGGAGGGUGGCGUCGCUACCUCGCUCUCGGGGCCCCAGGCGGGCCCUCCCUCAGUCCUCGCAGCCCCAUCCUGCACUCCCUCAUGCCCAGACCCAGAUCGGGGCCCAGCCGGGAUCGGGGCGGGGGGCCAGGGGUUGGCCCCCGGGGUCCCCCCGCCGAUCUCCUCCCCGGCUGGCAGCGAGCGCAGCUUCGGCUUCCUGCCCGCCGAGAGGCCCGGCCCCAUUAAAGGAUUAUGAGUCGCUAGCGGA